AUGCAAAGGUUAGCGAAUACAACUGGCAUUUCUGACCCCCCCCCUCCUGCUCCUCCUUCUACUUAUUAUCAUCAUCAUCAUCAUCAUCAUCAUCAUCAUCAUCAUCAUCAUCAUCAUCAUCAUCAUCAUCAUCAUCAUCAUCAUCAUCAUCAUCAUCAUCAUCAUCACCAUCAUCAUCAUCAUCAUCAUCAUCAUCAUCAUCAUCAUCAUCAUCAUCAUCAUCAUCAUCAUCAUCAUCAUCAUCAUCAUCAUCAUCAUCAUCAUCAUCAUCAUCAUCAUCAUCAUCAUCAUCAUCAUCAUCAUCAUCAUCAUCAUCAUCAUCAUCAUCAUCAUCAUCAUCAUCAUCAUCAUCAUCAUCAUCAUCAUCAUCAUCAUCAUCAUCAUCAUCAUCAUCAUCAUCAUCAUCAUCAUCAUCAUCAUCAUCAUCAUCAUCAUCAUCAUCAUCAUCAUCGUCAUCAUCAUCAUCAUCAUCAUCAUCGUCAUCAUCAUCAUCAUCAUCAUCAUCAUCAUCAUCAUCAUCAUCAUCAUUUGAAGUGA